CGCAUUCGUCACAUCGCGGCACUUAGAAAAAUUGCGUUCGGUCGACCGGCCCCAAUCCUCAUGUAAUCUCAGACGUGUCUCGAACAAACCGCGUUAUACGUAGGCAAAAUGAGCGUUGAAAAUCCAGCAAGUGAUAAUGAUUGCGAUUCUGGAAAGGUAAAUGGAAAUAAAAAUGAACACGUGAACGGCAUCCACAACGGAUACAGCAGCUCUGAGAAGCACAAGAGCAGCCACAAGUCUUCUAGCAAAGACAAGCAUCGCGACAAAGACCGAGACCGGGACCACAAGAGCUCUUCCAAACAUAGCAGCAGUUCGAACAGAGAUAAAGAUAAAGACAGGCACUCAAGUAGCAAAAAUCAUAGUAGCUCUCAUAAGUCAUCCAGCAAAGACAAAGAGCGUGAUAGAGAUCGUGAUAAGCAUAAGGAGAAGGAUCGUUCAGACAAGGAAAAAGAUCGCAGUGACAAAGAGAAAGAUAGACACCGUAGUGACAAGGACCGUCAUCGAGAUAAAGAUAAAAGUGACAGAGAAAAACACAAAUCAAAUGAUGGUGAAAAGAAGUCUUCCUCAUCAAAGGAGAACUCUUCGUCAACAAAAGAUAAAGAACAUAAGUCAAAGGAUAGAGAUAAAGAAAGGGAUGAAAAAGAACGCCACAAAAGUGAUAAAGACAGACAUCGCAGUGAUAAAGACAAGCACUCCAGUUCUAAAGACAAGCACAGCUCCAGCAAACUCAAAGACAAACACAACAGUGAAAAACAUGAAAAGAUUAAAAUUGAGCCUGAUUUUGAUGAUUAUUCCACAAAACAAGGGCCCAGUCUAGAGAUAGAAGUGGAAAUAAAACCAGAAGUAAAAGAAGAAAUUGAUGAUGGUUAUGGAGGUGCUAAUACAACAGUUUCAUCAUGUGAUUACUCAAUGUCACAGUUCAAAGAUGAACCACUCUCUGAAUUGCCUCCUGAUGAAGAAAGUCCCUCUGAGGGGGAAGAAGAUAUUCCUCUGUUAGAACGCAUGGCAUCAAAGAAGCGAGCUGCUAGUGAAAGUGAAGAAGAAACACCAUUACUUCAGCGUAAGAAGUCAAAAAAGAAGCCUAAGAAAGAAAUUUAUGAUGAUGAUGACGAGGAAGAAGAGGCACCAAGUAAGAAGAAAAAGAAAGCAGAAAAAAGAAAAUCUAACAAGAGUAUUAAGACUGAAGCAGAUGAAAAUCCCAGUCCUAUUAAACGGAAGAAAAAAGACGAUGAAGAGCCAGAAGUUUGGAAGUGGUGGGAAGAAUCUAAAAAAGAAGAUGGUACAAAAUGGCAUUUCCUUGAACAUAAAGGACCAUUAUUUGCACCAGCUUAUGAACCAUUGCCUGAUACUGUGAAAUUCCGCUAUGAUGGUAAGGUAGUAAAGCUUUCUCAGGAUAGUGAAGAAGUUGCUGGAUUUUAUGCUCGUAUGUUGGAUCACGACUAUACUACAAAAUCCACAUUUAAUAAUAACUUUUUUGGAGAUUGGCGUAAAGUCAUGACACAUGAAGAAACUAAACUCAUAAAAGAUCUCUCAAAAUGUGAUUUUAAAGAAAUGCAAGCAUAUUUCCAAAGUCUCUCAGAAAAGAAUAAAAAUAGGACAAAAGAAGAAAAAGCUGCUCUUAAAGCUAAAAAUGAGGAAAUCCAAAAAGAAUAUGGUUUCUGUAUAAUAGAUGGACAUAAAGAAAAAAUUGGCAACUUCAGAAUAGAACCACCCGGUUUGUUCAGAGGAAGAGGAGAACACCCUAAAAUGGGAAUGUUAAAGAGGCGUGUCAUGCCUGAAGAUGUUCUUAUUAAUUGUUCUAAAGAUAGUAAAAUACCUAAACCACCAGCUGGUCACAAAUGGAAAGAAGUCAGACAUGAUAAUACUGUCACUUGGUUGGCAUCUUGGACUGAAAAUGUACAAAGUCAAGCCAAAUAUGUCAUGUUAAAUCCUAGUUCAAAAUUGAAAGGUGAAAAGGAUUGGCAAAAGUAUGAGACUGCUAGACACCUACACAAGAGUAUUGAUAAAAUAAGAGACACAUAUCGAGCGGAUUGGAAGGCAAAAGAAAUGCGUGUCCGUCAACGUGCUGUGGCACUUUAUUUUAUUGAUCGAUUGGCAUUGAGAGCGGGUAAUGAAAAAGAUGAUGAUCAAGCUGAUACGGUUGGUUGUUGUUCACUCCGUGUAGAACACAUUGAGUUGCAUAAGGAGAAAGAUGGGAAGGAAUAUGUUGUUGUCUUUGAUUUUUUGGGUAAAGAUUCAAUUAGAUAUUACAAUGAGGUACCUGUUGAAAAACGGGUGUUUAAAAAUCUUGAAAUUUUUAUGGAGCAUAAAAAAGGCAGCGAUGAUCUAUUUGAUAGACUAAACACUCAAACAUUGAAUGAACAUUUAAAAGAUUUGAUGCCUGGAUUGACUGCCAAGGUCUUCCGUACUUACAAUGCAUCAAUAACACUGCAAAAACAAUUAGAGGAGUUAACAGACCCCGAUGCCUCAAUACCAGAAAAAAUAUUAGCUUAUAAUAGAGCAAAUAGAGCUGUUGCUAUACUUUGCAACCAUCAACGUGCUGUUCCUAAAGGUCAUUCUAAAUCGAUGGAAGCUUUGAAAGAAAAAAUUCAAACUAAACGAGAUCAGGUGGAUGAAGCUGAGGCAGAUUAUCGAGAUGCAACCAAAGCUGCUAAAAGAGGUUCAGUGAAAGAAAAGUUAGCAUGUGAUAAAAAGAAAAAGGCCCUUGAGCGACUUAAGGAGCAACUAAAAAAAUUAGAACUUCAAGAAACUGACCGUGAUGAAAACAAAACAAUUGCUCUCGGCACUUCUAAGCUUAACUAUCUUGACCCUCGUAUUUCAGUAUCAUGGUGUAAAAAACAUGGUGUGCCUAUUGAAAAGAUCUACAACAAAACUCAACGUGAUAAAUUCCGUUGGGCGAUUGAUAUGGCCGGACCCGACUAUGUUUUCUAAGUUUUACUUUAGCAUUAGCUAUACUUUAUAUAUCUUCUAUAUACUAUUUUUCAUACCUGCAAACGUUCCACAUUAUACAUCCAUUUCUUUAUAUUAUCAUUAUUUAUUUCUAUGAAUUUUUGACCAAGAUUAAAAUUCAUGUUUAUUUUAUACAUUGAUAAUUAUUAUAGACAAAAAAGAAAUCUGUUCCUGAAGUUUUAAGAUCAUAAUUAGAAGUCUGAUUCUAAUUUAUUUUAGAUUAUAUGUUUCAAGUUUGCUGAUCUUAAUGAUUUUGUUUGUGUUAGCUUAGUUAGUGUUAGUGGAAACUAGUAUAAGAUUGUACAAAUUUUGCAAUCAAUUUGCGUAAGUAAUGGCACAUUUUAUUGAACUACAAGUUAGACGUAAUAAAAAUUCAUUCUUUAGAUUUUACAAUAUAAGCUAGAAUUACAGUCUUAGUUUAAAUCUUUAUAUUUUUAUGUUACAAAAAUGACAGUGCUGAAUAAGUUUAAGAUAAAAUAGUCAUUUUGGUAGUUCAGUAUCAAUUUAAUUUGUAUAUAAUAGUGAGGCUAUUUGUUCAUUUGAAUGAGUGCCCAUUUUCUAAUUAUGUGGGGCAAUUCAGUGUUAUUAGCUGAAUAUAAGCAUCUAAAAUGCUAAAGUCUCAUGCCCACACAACUAGAAUAAUGUAAAUUUAUAUUGUAUUUUUGUGCACAAUGUGCAGUAGGCAAAUGUUGUAAAUUAAGAUAAUGUUAUUUUAUUUUUAUAAACAUAGGACCGAAAAUUAUGGCAAAUACAAAGCCAGUCAGUGUUAUGAAGGUACAAUGUAGGUAAAAUUUGUAAUAUUACAGUGAUGUGUGCGUCUUGUAAAUAGUAAAUUUUUACCAUGUCAUAUUGUGAAAUGAGAUUAUCCCAAAUAAAACAUUGACACUAGA